CACGACUCGUGGUGGCGCUGUAACAAAAUCAGUAAUGGCGGCGCCCAUGGAAGAAACGUCGAGCAAUUCCACUCCAAGUUUAUCCCCAGAAAAUAGUGAUGCUGGUCAUCAAACAACAUUUCCAGCAGUGCCAAGUGGAAGCCGUGGCACAGAUGAUCAGAAAGAUAAUUCAACAAAUGCAUCAGUGGAUACGAAAGAGAAAGAGAGAGGGAUCUACGCUUCGUACCAACACAACGCGUGUUUGCGAAGAGUAAACUUUGCAAGUCAACAUCAUCCAAAUGUGAAGUUCCUCCUGCAAGCCAUCAAUAAAUUGGGAAGUGAUUUUGUAAUAGGCAAGCAAGUCUGCUGUGAGAGAUGCUCAACUGAAAACAAUGUCAGUGGAGGAUUUGAUCCAAUCAGGAAUGAGGUCAUUGUUUGUGAGAACCGGAGUCCAACGCAACGCUUGACCAGCAUGCUGCUAACCCAUGAGCUGAUCCAUGCUUACGACCACCACAAGGCCAAAGUAGACUGGACAGAUCUCAAAGCAGUUGCUUGUAGUGAGAUCCGUGCAGCUAACUUGAGUGGCGACUGCUCCUUCCUCAGUGAGAAAUUCUACAGAUGGAACAUUGGUGCCAAGUACAAUAACAAGGCCUGCGUCAAGAGACUAGCCGUCAGCUCCAUCAUAGCAACUCGAGAUUUGUCAAGGGAAGAAGCUGACAAAACUGUCGAUGGUGUCUGGGAGACCUGUUUCCAUGACUACGCGCCCUUCACGGACAUCCCACACAAGGCAGCCGAUUUGAAGUUCAGCCGCUUUUCUAAAUACUACGACCCCAGGUGACCAGUUGUCACAAUACUCUCAAUAGGAAAUGUUGCAAUCAUAGAGUUCUUGCUGUUUUUAAAAGGCCCGUGUAAAUGGAUUUUUUUUUAUGCAGUCCCUAAAAAUGCACCUUUGAGUCCCAUUUAAUUUUAUUUUCAGUUUUCUUUUAAGCAUUUGUAAGGGCAAAUUCAGUGACUUUUUGGUUUUUAUGCUAAUGCAGAUUUCCAUAUUCACAAGCAAAAGUGCGAUGUCAUUUCAGGCAGAACACGCCAAUGUUACAGCUAUUUCGGCGCCAAAAGUGGCCAGAAUUUUGGAUAUUUUGGAAAUGUUCUUUUCUGUGGGGAUUCCCUCCCUACCGUGGUUGUUUCAAUACCUGACAGUAAGCCAUUCAGCAAACUUAAAUUUUCUCGCAUAUGUUUUCAGUGAGCAAAUUUUGGGGUUCACAAUUUGAACAGAAAACUCCUAAUCUGAGC